AUGAAUGGGCAGGCCUUUUGCCAAGAACCCCCCUCCCAGCUUCCCGACUGGAGGGAAUUCUGCGAGCUGCAUGCGCAGGCCGCUGCCGUGGACUUUGCCCAGAAGUUCUGCCAGUUCCUGAAGGAGAACCCGCACUACGACACCCCCGGGGCAGAGACCUCGUUCUCCCACCGCUUCGCCGCCAACUUCUUGGACAUCUUCAGCCUGGAGGUCAACAGAGUGUUUGUGUCGAACGCCCCCGCCAAAUACAACAUCGUGCCUUUUGUCGGGCUUCAAAACUGCCACAUGCCUUAUGGGCAGGACCUCCUGCCCAGGAAAGAACAGACCUCCUCCGAGUCGCUGGACAGCAUGGACAACCCGGUCCCCGCCAGCAGGCACCUCGGCCAGUCGCAGCAGCUCCAGGUGCGGAAGGUCUCCUCGUACGGCCAGUCCCGGAGCUCGGAAGACGUCUCCGUCCACGCUACCUCCAAGCCCAAGUUCAAGAAGGGCUUCUCCUUGCGCAACAUGAGCCUGUGUGUGGUGGAUGGCAUGAAGGAGAUGUGGCACAGGCGGUCCUCCCCGGAGCCAGGAGCAGAAGGCACCCAGAGCCGGCGGUCCGAUCGGGAAUACUGUCCCGGGAGCAAGGCGCACGGUGACUCCAGGGAGAAAUGGACUCACAAGCUCUGGCUUUCCAAGGGGCAGUCGCCCAAGGUGGAUCUGGUGGACAUCCAGAGAGAGGGAACACUCCGAUACAUGGUUGCUGACGAUACGAACUGCGUGGGCGGCUCUCAGUGGCAGAAGUGCCGUUUGCUGCUGAGGAAAGCUGUGAAGAUGGAGGGAGAGCGAUUCCUUCUAGAGUUCUAUGUACCUCCUAAGGCUUCCAAAGCGAAGGUUAGCAUCCCUCUUUCAGCCAUCAUUGAGGUGCGUACGACCAUGCCAUUGGAAAUGUUGGACCGGGAUAACACCUUCGUGCUGAAGGUCGAAAAUGGCGCAGAGUAUAUCUUGGAAACCAUCGACUCGUUGCAAAAACACUCUUGGGUGGCCGAUAUCCAAGACUGCAUAGAUCCUGGGGACAGCGGUGAUGAUAUUGAGCUAACCUCCUGCGGCCAAAGGGUCUGCCUGCCAAGCAGAGUUUCGUCCUGUAGCUGCGAGUUCCUGGCUGAUGAUGUGUCCCGGUUUCAGGACAGAUGUGCUGACUCUUCUGCUCCAGACACCACCCCAAAUCCAGUCACUGUUGUCACAGCUCCACAGGGCAGGAUCAGGGACUCCGCCGGAGAGCACAGAGCUCAUGUGCCACUGGAGAACUUUCUGCGGACGUUGGAGUCCUCCGCGACUGGGAGCCACACCUCAGGGGAGGAAAGUGAGAUGGAAGCGGAGACCAACCUCCUGGACUUCCCUUGGUUCCACGGGACUCUGUCCCGGGUCAAAGCUGCUCAGCUGGUGUUGCAUGGAGGAGCCAGGAACCACGGACUGUUCGUCAUCCGUCAGAGCGAGACGCGGCCCGGGGAGUAUGUCCUGACCUUCAACUUCCAGGGGAAAGCCAAGCACCUGCGGCUCUCCCUGAAUGAGAAUGGCCAGUGCCACGUACAGCAUCUCUGGUUCCAGACGAUCUUUGACAUGCUGCGGCAUUUCCACAUGCACCCCAUCCCCCUGGAGUCGGGGGGCUCUGCCGACAUCACGCUCCGCAGCUACGUGGUGGCACAGCGGCCGUUGCCCGAGGUCAACCCAUCCCCGGCGGUGGCCUCCCAACAACCCACAUGCCGAAAUGACCUCCAGUCUCAACACUACUUUUCCAGCUUUGUCCCGGUCACCUUCCAGCCUGCCUCGCCCUCUGAGGGCACGACCUCCUCCUCGUCUUCCUCAACCAGCCAUUCACACUAUCACCGGACGGAGGGGACCCUCAGUGCCCAGAGCCGAAGCACCAGCACCGAGCGCCUCUUCGAUUCCUCCGCUGUCGGGGCGGAGGAUUACCACGACAGCGAGGGCUCGCGCAACAGAACCAGAGCGGUGGAAAAUCAGUAUUCUUUCUACUGACCACACUGGGGGAAUGGUUCUCGGUGGUCCGGCAUGUCUCUCCCUUUGGAGAAGCGGCUUGUGGGUGUGGAGGGUGGCGAGCCCGUCGAGCUCCCCCCUCCUCGUUGGCUGCUUCCGCACUUGGUGUUCUGUGGCCCCUUGGACGUUGGUGUAGCACCCUGAUCUCCAGCCGGCCGUGAGUUGCUCGCCCUCUUUUCCUAGCACAGUGUAGACCGAUGGUGGCUCUUCCUUUUCCUGACAUCUGGUCUGGGUGGGGAACGCAAUGGCUGCACACGCCUGGCUCGCGGGGAGCCGGAUUGUGGGGGUGCCUUCCUCCUGAGCCUCUUUGCUUGUCAUUUUUCAACAUCAGAAUGGCCUCGUUCAGCUGGAAGCAGGGAACGGCGAUGGAAGGAAAGUGCAUUGGGCUGGAAUCUCUGCUCGCUGCUAGAACUGAACAUGCUUCUGGGUCACCAGGGUGCCGUUUUGUGUGUUGAUGGCCAAAGCUGGGGGUGCUAGCAAAGGACCGCUUCCUUGCAUUGGUCCCUCACCCGUCCACACUCAAACCUUUCGACCACAGUGCAUUGAAUCUGAAAUACAGCUGUGUAGAAUAAAAAAGCACAUGGGAAGUUUUCUGACUUGUCGUCAGAGCAGAGGCCCAGUAAUAGGAAAGCUAACAGUUCUCCGAGGGCAGGCAGCAGCUGCUGCCUUUCACGGCCCAGAUGAGCCAAGCCCACAUCGCCGGGAGCUGUACAUGCACCACACACACAACCAGCCUCCAAAAACACAACCCAGCGCUGUCUCUGCGUUCCUUGUAACUCUUCCUCCGGCAAAAUGAGUGGCGAUGGAAGGAGAAUCCAAGCUCUCCAGAUGCUUCAGAUUGACUUUGGGACGGAGAGGGGAUCUCAUGUCCUUGGGCAGCACCGCAAAGCCGCAUGGGACUGAAAGUAGGUGCACAGGGUUCAGCUGACUGAUGGCAGCGGGCCAGUUUCUAUAUGACGUGUUGCCAGUCACCACCAUGUUGAGAUGGGACAGCUUCUCACCUGUGAGAUGCACCGUCUCAGGAGUUAAUCACCUGUGGUCUGAAAGAAUUUAUUUUCUUCCUCAUUCCAGCAGCCUUUUGCUGUUGCAUGUAAUUUCUCCAGUACUAGGUACUUAGAAGGGUGUUUUUCAGUGUUGUAUGAUUACCUCUUUCUAUAACUGGUCAUUUCCUUCAAAGAAGAAUGCCAUGCAUCCUUUGGCUGCAGUGCAGAAUUCCAUUCCAUUGUGGAACAUAGGUUCUAGCGAGUUGAACAGUGGUGCACAUGCAUGGGAAUCUGGCGAGGUGUGAGCUGCAGAAUAUUCCUCCCUCCUAUCUUCAAAGAAUCUUUGAGGUUCUUGAUAAUAAGGGCGUGAAACCUUCCUGUAGCAAAAAGACGGAGAGAAGCAGCCUGCACUUAAUAAACCUGCAACUGUCUAGCUUGCUGAUAUGUCCUGAUUGAUUUACAUAGAAAUCGUUACAGAGCUCUGUGUUCAAACAGCCAUUUACUAUCAAGGUCUCUCCGGUGCCAGAAACUAAAUUUGGGAGAGGUGGGGGAAAUGGAGAAAUUACAUCUUAUUUUGCAAAACACUCUGCCGCCAGCUCUCUCAAAAUCCAUAUUUAACCUACAAAUCUUAGGCCAGAGGAGCAGAACGCUCACCCCAAACAUCCGUUGAUGCCUUUAUACAUUCUGUGUAAACCCAGAAUGGGUGUGAAUCUCUUGUCCUGUGUGGGAGGUCAGAGACGAAAUGGCAGGGAGUCAACAUUUGCUACUGUAGCCCCAGUAUGUAAUACUGAAACUGCAGCGAAACCACAAAACUAUAUUAAAUUCAGAACACGACCGGUGCCAUCCUGCGCAUGUUUACUUGGAAGUAAUUUCCACUACGCUUAGUGGCCUUGAUUUGCAUGGAAGCCUGCGUCUCUGUUACUUGUUCACAAGAUACCUGGGGAUUCAAGAGAUGCGAUUUUAAGAUGAGCCGCUUGCUUAGCCGUUCAUUCUGGCAGUCUUAACAGCAAUGCUUCCUCCAGUGAGGAACAAUGCUCAGGCGAACCGGCCAUUGGCUAAAAUGCCACUACAGUGGCAGACCCAGAACUGGUAGAAGCUGCCCAUAGCUUCCAGUUUUAGGCUCAGACUAGGGGUGCCCACUUCUGGAGACACAAGGUAUCUUGCCCUAACUUAGCUUGUUGAUCAGUUUGACAAUGUACUCUUGAAGCAUGUAAGAGAGAUAGUCAAUGGAUACUUUCAGACCAUGGGUUGGAUCUAGUCUACUCCGUAUUUAGAGGAGAACCAAUGAGGCCUACGGCACUUCGGUUAGUCUGGACUGCGUAAGUGCGCUGGAGCCAGUCUUAAUAUGGUGCAGUCUUAAUAGGGUGCCCCUGUGAAAUUUAUUGCGAAGGGAAAAUAAGGUCCCCGUGACUCUCUGAGAGUGUUCACACAAGCUAGAAUUACUGGCUUGCCCUGCUUGACUGUGAACAAGAUGUUGCACAAAACGUGUUGGCUUUUGCUUCGUUCUUCUUCCCGUUUGUCAAGGAAAAAACAAACUCAAUACUGAAAGCCUUGGAUGGCAUUUAUACAUCGAGUUUGUUACUGGCUCGUGAAUCCAGACUUCUUUGAGGCAACCAGGAUAAGCUUUUCUCAAACAUGGCCAAUAAUGAGAGUAUUGCAACAUAAGGAGGAAAGGCAAAGAUAUAAUGCAAUCAAACACAGUGAUGAACUUAACACCAGAAAGGUUACCAUGUUAAGGUAAACCACCUAAAACUUUCCUAUUGAGGGUACAAUGCUAAUUUCAAUACCGAUGUAGCAUGGAAAGAGCUUUCCAACGGUGGCAAAGAUUAUUGUUUGUGUGAAAUUAGCUGAGAGCCCAGGUUUCAGCUUCGCUUGCCCCAGCUGGUCAAUGUCCAUUCCCGUCAGUAUUUUACGAGCCGCAGCCUCAAACAGAGGAUGCUCAAGCCAGAAUGCAAAGCCAUCUCGUAUGGCUCCCAAAGUUUUCUUUUUCAUUCUGGGGUGGAGAUCUGAACUGAAUCCAUGCGAUGUGUCUGUGGGAUGGUUCUGGCCUUGGAAAAGAUCAGAGGGAAACCUGGAAGGCUGUGGCCUCUGUCCCUUGCCAAAUGGGAGCAGUGGGCUGGGUCACCUCUACCUUUUAAAGACUCCUGUGAUUUGUGUCUUGGCACAUUGUUGUUCUUUGAAGUGAAUUUCUCUGACUUUCAGAGCAAAGGCUGGACUUGCAACCUCAUUGUCCAGGGGUGUGAAGAACCUUAGCAAUGUGGGCAUCACCUUUGAAUACUGUGAGCCUUUGAAUACAGACCUUUUUUCCAUUUUCCCCUGGAGAAGAAGGUGCCCAGAGAUGCCCAGAGAGCCAUGGUCAUUUGCUUUGAUGGAGACUCUUCUCUUCCUCCAUGAGGAAUUGUCAGGUGGACAGGAAGGAUGUGGGAUUCACUGCUAUCUGUACUGAUUUCUUCUGUGCCAAUCGGAAGAGAGGAGGAAAGGGAACCCAGGAGGAGCUGCAAACAAGAAUGUUUAUUUGUAAAUACGAUUUUUUAAGAAAUGUGAAAAAGUUUUCAUGUGCUGUAGAAUAAAUUAAUUUUAUUUACAAAAUGAACUUGUAA